AUGCCAGGUGAACGUUUGUUGAACGUUUUAUGUGCUGUAUGUGGUGAUCGAUCGUCUGGAAAACAUUAUGGAAUCUACAGUUGUGAUGGUUGCUCAGGUUUUUUCAAACGAAGUAUUCAUCGACAUCGUCAUUAUGUAUGUAAAGCUCAAGGUGAAUUGAAAGAUAAAUGUCCUGUUGAUAAGACUCAUCGAAAUCAAUGUCGAUCUUGUCGAUUAGCUCGAUGUUUCUUAGUUAAUAUGAAUAAAGAUGCGGUACAACAUGAACGUGGACCACGUAAAGCAAAACAGAAAAUUCUCAGCGUUUCCAAUAUGAUUUUACCGACUUCAACUGGAACAACAGCACCGCCUGUUGCUUGUUCAUCAUCUCCAACAAUAGCAAAUGUUUCAACUACAUCAAUAUCGAAUCAUUUUAAUCGAAAAUCUAAACUUCUUCCAACACAACAGCAUCAACUAUCUUGUUUACCAACAAUCGAGAAUUACAAUCCAUUCCCAACUAUCAUUAAUCAAAUAACAUUAUAUGAAGCAGCAGCACGUCUUUUAUUUACUAUAACAAAUUGGUUAGAAACAGUCCCUUCAUUUAAAAUUCUUCCUAAUGAUGAUCAACGUUCACUUCUAGAAGAUAAUUGGCAUUAUCUUCUUAUAGUUAAUUUAAGUCAAUGGAUGGUACCUAUAAUGGCUAUUCAAUUAACAAACAGUACACUUACACAAACAGAUCAACUAGAAAUACAACGUAUAUGUGAUUGUAUUUAUAAAUUACGAUCACUUACAUUAGAUGCUUAUGAAUAUACUUAUGUUAAGACUCUUUCACUUUAUCAAUCUUCAGCUAAACCAUUAAUUAAUCAAAGUCAUAUUGAUGCUUGUCAAGAACAUGUUCUUUUUGUAUUACGUACAAGUUUAAUGUCUCAUUCAGCAACAACAUAUUCAAUAAAAUUUAGUCAACUUAUUGGUAUCAUUCAAAUGAUGAAUCAGAUAUCAUCAAAUAGUGUACAACGUAUUUUAUUUCCAAGUAUAACACAUGAUGUACCGGUUGGUAAAAUUCUUUGGGAACUUUAUCGAUCAAAAUCUAGUGAAACAACAAUAUAA